UUGCCGCGAAAUUCGUAUUCCGCGUCUAUUCCUGAUUGUGACCCUAGAUCUGUGAGCUGUUGCGGCGGUCAUCUUCAUUUUUUCAUCACUUUCUCGGAUUUUCUGAGUGCAUUUGAUUUUUUACACGAUGAUGUCAUGCAUAACGACUUCAGAUGUGAUAUGUUCGUCCAAAAAGGGACAAAUACAGGUUAUAUUUGGACCAAUGUUUUCAGGUAAAACGACUGAAUUAAUCCGAAGAAUAAAACGUUUUCAAAUUGCAAAUCAUAGUUGCCUUAUUGUAAAGUAUGCAAAUGAUGAUAGAUACGAUAAGAAUGGAAUAGCGACACAUGAUAGGGAAGUGAAAGCAGCAGUGUCUGCAACAGAGCUAUGUCCACUGAGGAAAACUGCCAUGAAAUAUGAUGUUAUAGGAAUUGACGAAGGACAGUUUUUUCCUGACUGUGUAGAAUUUAGUGAAGAAAUGGCAAGUAAGGGUAAAAAAGUGAUUGUAGCGGCGUUAGAUGGCACAUUCCAGAGAAAGGGUUUUGGUAAUAUUUUGAAUCUAGUGCCACUAGCAGAGAGUGUAAUUAAAUUGAACGCAGUGUGUAUGCAUUGUUAUAGUGAAGCGUCGUAUACCAAGCGACUAGGUGUGGAAACGGCUGUUGAAAUCAUCGGUGGCACCGAUAAAUAUAUGGCAGUAUGUAGAGCCUGUUACGUACUACCCGCAUCACAUCAUCAUGAUUUUAAAGACGAAACGCCGCUCAGAAAUCUGCAGCUCAACGACAAUAAAUCAAAUACCACCAUCACUACCACCAACACACUUAGUAUGGGUAGAAAGCUUUUUAAAGACUCUCCAAAGAAAAAUAGAGAAAAUCGGCCAAUUGAGGGAACUGCUUGAUGCUAGUUUUUAAAGAUCUUUCUAAUAAUUAACCCGAGAUGCAAAUGGCUGCAGAGAUUUUUUUCUUAAGCCGGGGAAUCAAGAGACUGGUUUAUGUCCAUUCACUCUUUCCUAUGUCAGUUCUCCUGAGCUGUGUCAUGGCAUGUUGAAAAAAAAAAUGAGCAAGAGAUCUCAGCAACCAUUUGCAGCAAAGUUCUAUUUUUAAUAGUGUUAUCAUUAGUAUGCUGAUAUUCAGCAUUUUUAUUUUAUUAAAUACUGAAAUAUUUUUUUAAAUAUUUUAUUUUUGAAUUCACUAUUUUUGCUCCAUUUUCAAAAAAAAAAAAAAUUGCCAUUAUUAGAAUAUCAUCUUUUAGUUUUAAUAGCUUAUACUUAAUAUUUUCCUGAAGAUCAACUGAUUUUUUAAUUGUUAAAUAAACUGACUAAAUUUUGCUGUUUAGUAACCAGCGUCAAUUUUCAUAUUUCAACAAUGUGGUAUUCAUGAACGUAGUAAACAAAAUUAGGGAAUAUAGUGCCAACAAAUGCAAAUUCACCAAGUCAGCAUUAGUAUAGAUAGUAAUGUAUUUUUAGCCACGAGCUCCAAUUCACCAAUAUAUAUGUACUGGUAUGUCUAAUUGUGGAAUAAAUCACUGCCACCCACUGGUGUACCACAAUCGACAUAUUAAAUGCCCUAAGUGUUCAUUUGUAAUGCUGUCAUACCAACGAAAGUACCAGGAUGUGUGACCUUUAGGGGUCAUGAGACGCGACUAUUCAAGGCAUGUAUGCACUAGCUGCAGGUGCAUAUUAAUGAAGAGAAUUGUGGUAUAUCCCUGGUGGUGGUGGUUUAUUGCUAUUAUGUUAUACCAACUUCAUUUUAAAUGCAAUUCUGAAGCAUGGAACUUAUUUAUUUUAAAGUUCCAAAAACUAUGUACAGAUUUGAUAAGCGUAUGAAACAUUCCGCUUGCAGCUAUAGUUAAAUGAAAUUUGCCCUUGAACUCAAAUACAUCAACAGCAAAUUCACUCCUGUAUUCUGCAUUAUGUUUUUUCUGUUAAAACCACAAAGUUAAUAAAUGUAAAUCCUGGCAUAAUUUGUUUUAAAAUGCCGACAACGAUCAGUGCUGUAUGUGUCAUUUCGAGAUUCGCGAGCAAGCCACUGCAAACAGACAAUUUGUUGGGUGUUAUUUGCGUAAUUCUGAAAAAUUGCUUAUUGCUGCUUAUUACCGGUAUAUACCACUACAGAUCUCAGGAAGAUGUUAAACCAUAGACCUUAAAAUAUCUAUGGUUAAAAACCACAACAAACAGUAGUUAUAAAUUUUUUUUAAUCUUACAAAGAAUAAACGUUAUUGUUUGAUACA